UGCGGGCGGUCGCUACACCCCUCCCGACUGCAUCGCCCUCCAGAAGGUGGCGCUCAUCAUCCCCUUCAGGCACCGCGAGGAGCACCUCAAAUACUGGCUCUACUACCUGCACCCCAUACUGAGGAGACAGCAGCUAGACUAUGGAGUAUACGUCAUCAACCAGGUACACACACACACACACACACACACACACACACACACACACACCUCAAAUACUGGCUUUACUACCUGCACCCCAUACUGAGGAGACAGCAGCUAGACUAUGGAGUAUACGUCAUCAACCAGGUACACACACACACACACACACACACACACACACACACACACACACACACACACACACACCUCAAAUACUGGCUUUACUACCUGCACCCCAUCCUGAGGAGACAGCAGCUAGACUAUGGAGUAUACGUCAUCAACCAGGCGGGAGAGGAUACGUUUAACCGUGCCAAGCUCCUGAAUGUUGGCUAUGCGGAGGCCCUUAAGGAGUAUGACUACGACUGUUUCGUCUUCAGCGAUGUGGACUUGGUGCCCAUGGACGACCGCAACACCUACAGAUGCUUCAGCCAGCCCAGACACCUGUCUGUGUCCAUGGACAAGUUCGGAUUCAGGUUGCCGUACAAUCAGUACUUUGGGGGCGUGUCCUCCAUGAGCAAGGAGCAGUUCCUGAAGAUCAACGGCUUCCCCAACGACUACUGGGGGUGGGGGGGAGAGGAUGACGACAUUUACAACAGGCUGGUGUCUAAGGGCAUGUCCAUAUCGAGGCCGACUGGUGCUGUGGGGAAAUGCCGCAUGAUCCGCCACCAGAGAGACAAGAAGAACGACCCCAACCCCAAGAGGUUUGAUCUGAUUGCCCAUACCCGUCAGACGAUGAUGCGUGACGGGAUCAACAGCUUGAAGUACAGUGUGGUGGAGCUGGAGAAGAGGCCGCUGUACACCUGGAUCAACGUGGACGUCGGCAAACCCAGAAAAUAACACACAUAGACACACACUCACACACACUUACACUGACACUACACACCAAGAUUACUGAGGACGCGGGAAACCCAGAAAAUAACACACACACGCUAUACACCUGGAUUAAUGUGGACGUCGGGAAACCCAGAAAAUAACACAAACACACACACACACACACCCGGGAAACCCAAACAAAUAACACACAUACUGACACUAAUAGAUUGUCAUAUCCACGCGCCCACACAUUGACACUAUCAGACACAUACACACACAUGACAAUCACACACACAUAAACACACACAUACACACACACACACACACAUUUGCAUUCAUGCACAAAUAUUUACACUAACUGAUUACAACACAAACGCAUGCACACACACAUGCACACACACACAAACAAACACACACACACAAACACACUCACACACACACACACACACACACACACACACACACACACACACACACACACACACACACACACACACACACAAACAAACACACAAUCUCCUAAGCCAAAGUGCCUGGUGUGUGUGUGUGUGUUUGUGUGUGAGAGACUCCCCAACUGGACUGAAGAGGACAUGCACUCAGCGCCACAGGAGUGUGUGUGUUCACGUGUGCUUCACAAAUCCAAUCGGACACACACACUCUCGCACACAUAUUGGUGUGUGUUUUGCGUUUUGUUGGAAAUGCACCCUCUAAACGCGGACGCUGUGGACACUUCGGAGACGAUGUGUGUGCUUGACAAAUCCAAUCGGACACACACUCUCGCACAGAUAUCGGUGUGUGUUUUUUGUUUUGUUGGUCACUGUGGACACUUCGGAGAUGCCUUGACCCUCAACUUGACCUUCAACUUUGAACUUUGAACUUUGAACUUUGCACAUACGAUGCUGACUUGAAAAGACGGGAUGUGGGCCUCUUCUUCUUAUGCCAAUCAGAAUGAGUGUGUGUGUGCGCGUGUGUGUGUGUGUGUGUGUGUGUUGGGGGGGGGG